AUGAAUCCUCUCAGCACAAAACCGACCUACCUCAACUAUCGCGGAGCACCCAACAGCGCAGCCAUCCCGUCAGGAGUGCGUACCGGCAGCCCUGGCACGUCUGCCUCGGCACCAAUGCUCAACAGACUGCCCUCGGCCAACUCGACCCUUUCCAGCAAUGCUACCGGCAACAGCAUUAUUCUAUACGUGCCCAAUGUCGCCUCGCCUACCCUUUCCCAACACCUGUCCAUCCUUCUUUCUACCCAGCGCAUUGCAGCCGUGCACCUGAUCGGUGGCCGCGAUGUUGUCCUCAAGAACCUGCGUACCGAACUCUACACUCUGGCCGGAAGAAUGAGAAGUGACGUCCAAGUCUCAAUCACCGUCACAGAAGGUGCCAAGGGACUGGAAUUGGCUGUCAGAGACGUGGGAGCCAGGAGGCAGAAGGUUCUGGGCGCUCUAGUCUGCGAAUGGGACGAACAGACGGCCGAAGGAGAAGAAGAAAAGGACGUAUUGAGCAUAGAGACAGAUGAGGUCGACGCCAUCUGGAAGGCAUCCGUACUGCCACUCCACACCCUCCUCCGCAACCUCCUGCCUCUCUUCUCCGAGAACACCUCUACAACAACCACCUCGCACCCCUCUGUCAUGCCCUUCAUCUACCUCGACACUUCCUCUCACUUUUCGACGUUUGCGACCGCUUCGCGUUCCGCUCUUUUGACCUCUCUGACCUCCUCUCCCGCCACGAAAAACAUCGUCAUUGGUCCUGCCAGUGAAUACCUUGUUCCCGCUCCUGUUGUUUCCGAAACACAGAGCAUGAGAAGUCUGCGGAUUGAUACGAGUAACGGCAAUGGCAGUGCCAACGGAUACACAGCCACGACCCCGGAAACCAGUCCACUCUUCGGCGCAGAGAGUCCUACAAAACUGUGGGCUAGUUGGGCUGCCCAGUACGAAUGA